CGAGAUCACCAGCGGCAAAGCAAGCAGAAUGUCGUGCAAUUUCGGAUUUCUUCUUUCAGACCACGUGCCUAACAGAACUGCCAGACGUGGCGCCUUGCAACGGCACCGUGCGACUACCGCCGCCGUGCGAGGACUCGCCUAGCAGCGGCAGCAGCAAGGAUCGCAGAGACGAGAGUCCUCGCAGGAGGUGUCGGCUGUUGGCGCCUGUCCUGCUCCUAGUGGCCGUCCUGCUCCUCGGAGGCCUCUGUCUGCCGUUUCUAUUACAAUCCGCGCCUGCCACGCACCAGCAGAGGCUGGACGUGAUCAGGAGGAUUCUCACUGAAGUGCCUCUGAUCGACGGGCACAACGAUUUGCCCUGGAACGUCAGAAAGUUCGUACACAAUCAACUUGGCGAAGUCAACCUGAGCAGCGAUCUCGGCAGGGUCGACCCUUGGGCCAGAUCAGACUGGAGUCACACGGACAUCCCUAGAUUACGCGCUGGCCUCGUCGGUGCACAGUUUUGGUCCGCCUACGUUCCUUGCGGUGCCGCUCAGUUAAACGCAGUUCAACUCUCACUGGAACAGAUCGACGUAAUUCGUCGACUCGCCGAAAUGAAUGCUCAACACUUAACCCUGGUUACCUCCGUCAAAGGUCUCAUCGAGGCGCAUAGAGAAGGCAAGAUCGCAAGUCUAAUCGGAGUGGAAGGUGGUCAUUCCCUGGGGAAUUCCUUGGGUGUCCUCAGGACAUUUUACGGUCUGGGAGCGCGAUAUCUUACUCUGACACAUGCGUGCGACACCUCCUGGGCAGUCUGUUCUGUUGGCGAGACGAACAAUACUCAGGACUCCACGCCGGGCCUCAGCGAAUUUGGGAAAGCAGUUGUCAGGGAAUUGAACAGGCUGGGCAUGUUGGUCGAUCUCUCGCAUGUCUCGACAAGAACGAUGAGGGCGGCCCUGCAGACGACGAGGGCGCCGGUGAUUUUCUCGCACAGCGCUGCCAGAGCGCUGUGCAAUUCUACCAGAAACGUGCCGGACGACGUGCUCAGAAAUCUGGCUAAGAAUGGCGGAGUGGCGAUGGUCCCUUUUUAUACCUACUUCAUAACAUGCAACAGCACCGCUACUAUAAAAGACGUUAUUGCACACAUCAAUCAUAUUCGAAAGGUAGCGGGAAUUGAUCACGUUGGGAUCGGAGCGGGUUUCGACGGGAUAAAUUUCACUCCCACGGGUUUAGAAGAUGUCUCGAGGUAUCCGCAACUAUUGGCCACCUUGCUGGAGGAUCCUACAUGGACGGAAGAAGACAUCAAGAAACUAGCCGGCCUCAACUUGCUGAGGGUAUUCGCAAAAGUCGAACAGGUUCGUGACGAGUGGCACAGAGCGGCGGUGUUACCUGUGGAAAAGAUCAGUCCACCGGACAACUCGGCCUGCGUCUACGGCGCGUCCUGAUCCUCUUUCAGGACAAUCGUGCCGGGAUUUCUCGACUUUGCGCGAUCGCCGAAGAUCCUGCGGGUGCCGCGGUAUUAUUGGAGCCUGUAAGGACGCGUGCCCCGAAUCGCCAAAGGAUCCGUAUCCAUAAGAAGGCAAACUCCAACGGAAACGACCGACCAAUCUACACCGAAAGAACUGCCGACUUUUACUUCAGGGACUCCGUCGCGCCUUAACGAGAGACGAAGAUUCAGCGCGGGAAUGCGACCGGUCCUUCGAAAUUAAUGGCGUCGAGGAUCCUUCGGAGACACCUUUGGGACGAGUGAGUCCGUUCGCCUGUCGUUUGGAAGGAGAUCUCGAACGCCGGCGCCGUUAACGGCAGUAAAUUGCGAUCGCAUUUGAGAAAUAAUUAUCCGCCUCUUAUAAAUGACGCCUUUAUUAAUUUUGUGAUAUUAAACACGAAUUAGUAACCUCAUAAUAUUAAAGAAAGAUUAAUGAUUGUUUUUAACUCUCAGUGCUUCUUCCACGCUUGCAAAUUAUUCGGCAUAAUUUCGCGAUCAUUUGUCAGGCAUUUCCGUCUAGACUUCAAACUUGACUUAAUAAUCCGGACACUUAUUCAUUAUUUCGCAAUUUGCAUCACCUACACUACGUUGAAGCGUAUACUUUACAUACACCGUGCUGCAUAUUCUAUUUUAAAAUAAUUAAAAAAAAAACACAGAAAACAUAAAAGUUUGAAAGUAUGAAUCAUUUCAUAAUUUCACUUUAUAAGCUGCAAUUUUUAACUCGUUAAGAUAAAUUCGCAAAAAUACUUGUUACGCGCUCAACUUAUCUAAGUUUAUUAUGCUAAUCGCAAAGGUGAUCGGAAGGAUUCUCGCAGAAAUUUUAUUGAAAGGAAAGAAAGGUCAUAUUCUCAGCGUACAUUUAGUACCAUUUAUGGUCGGCUGAUUCUCAUAUCAUGCUUCCAGCACGUGCAACACGAUCUUCAUAUACAAAAUUAAUAAAUAUCAGAACCAGGCAGCCAUAUCUAGCGUUAAAUGUACAAGAAUAUGAAUUUGCCUGUGACAGCUCUGCGUAAUUAAUCUCGUAAGAUUUCUUGCGUUUAAACUAAAAGCCGAAAUAUAAAUAGUUCGAACGGAAUAUCAUCUUAAGCGUCACAUUUACAUCGUUCUUUAUACUUCGACCAGAGAACGAUCGUAAAUGACAUCACUGUCAUGCACCAACCAAAGAGAUAAGCCACACUUUUAUAAUUUUUAGAUGAAUUAACGAUACUAUACUAUAUUAAAAAUAUCCUGCGCGUUCUAAGAAAUAUUUGAAUUCAAUUCCACGUUAUAUACGAGAAUCGUAAAAGUUAAUAGGUAUUUGUACUGCCUGUAUACUUUCGUUUCAAUUUAUUUUUAUUCAGCUUAUAUGUCCCUUUUAAAUACAAUCAUCUUCGAAAAGAUCUUUCCUCCAAAAUUUAUAUUUUUUUCUUUUUUCAUUACUCUGAAUCGUAAAAGCUUUUUUAAAUUCUCCAACAGAUUGAUAUUUAUAAAUUUUUUUAGCAUUUUGCAAUUAAUCUUUCCACAAUAGAGAGAAACAUAGCUGGAUAAAAAAUUUUCUACCCUUUCUUAAUUUGCAACAUUAAAUACGUAAAUAAGCAUUAAAUAAAAGCUUUUCCUAAAGUUCACUUAAGAUUAAAUGUAGAAUAAGAUUUCGUUACUUGUUUGUACUUUUCAAAGAUAAUGUAUGAAAGAUUACUCAUAUCCAAUCGCUUAUAAUUGUGAGAAAUUAUUAAUAUUUCGAUAGUUUUUAAGAUGGAACGACUCCAAAUUCGUCAAUGAAUUCGCCACCAAUGGUGUCUGUCAGUGUGAUUUUGAAACGCCCUAUACAUGAAUAUCGAAUCAGACAAGUGCACUUAUGAUGUGCGAAUAUAACGAAAUCUCUAAAGAGAGAAGAUUGAAGAGUGCGAGAGAGAUAAUUAAAUUUCUAACGAUUCAUUAAAGCUUCGCGCGCCAAGGUAUUAUAGCUCCCACGCGUCAAUAAAAAGAAGAAAGAAAAAACCGCUCGCUUUAUGGCAAAUUUUUUGUAAUUGAUAGCAACGCAACGAAACGAAAUUUUCUGUUAAUCGCGCGCAUCGAUUCCAUUUGUAAUCUUUCCAAAAUUCACUCGCUACUUUC